AUGGAAACUACUGAAGAAUUUAGACUAACAUAUAUGCAGUUACAGAUAAAUGCAGAGUUAAUUCCAAAAAGUAUUUUAGUUGGAGGAAAAAUUCAUGAUUAUAUUAGUUGUGAAUAUUGUCAAAAACGUCAUUGUGUAUACAGCAAUAAAGUUUUAAAUGACGAGGAAGAAUAUAACUAUCAACAAGCAUUAGAAUCAUAUUCAUACUCUUGUGGUGUACCAAUUUUUCCUGAUGAUCAUUACUUAAAAGAAACAGUAUUUAUACGUAUACAAAUUAAUUGUGAUUCACUAAUUGAAAUAUUAUAUUACUCAAGUCGUAAAUCAGGAAAUUAUCCAAUCUGUUAUUAUUGUGAAGAAAAAGAAGAUUUGAUAACACCUUCUCAAUCAUUGAAAGAACGUUUUAAACAAAUAUAUCCAUUAUGUGAAGUAUGUUAUGAAAAUAAAAAAGACUUCCAUACUAAAGGAGAGAUUAAAACUAGUAAACAUGUUUCAAAAAAACGUAAAAUAUAG